UUUCGGGGGGCCGGUCCCUCGAAUUGACAGUAUAGCAAAGAUGGCCGACGAGAAGGAACCUCCUCCUCUGUUCGACAGCGUAGAAAUUAAUAAAAAUGACGAUUUGGAGGACGACGACGACGAUCUAUUCGCAUCCGCUGUUCAGGACCAUAAUCAGCUGGAUGAUGAUUCACCUUAUAACGGCAUCGGCACCAUGCAGGCAGAGCUGCCGAAAUUGACAUUAAGAGAUGCGACGGAUCAGAAUUCAGGUUCAUCUAUUUCGAGUCCUCCUCCAGGACCGUUGAGUCCCACCACUGAAACUGCUGGUAGCGAUAUUGGAGAGAUGGACGAAGUGCCUAUUAACGAUAGCAGUGACAUUCUACCACCAAAAAGUGUCUUCCAAUCGCAAGCCCUUGAAGAGGUGCCCACGGAGACUUCUGAUGUAUUUUUAAAAAUUACAGUAACUUCGCCACAGAAAGUUGGUGAAGGUAUGGGCGCCUAUGUUGCAUACCGAGUUGAAACUAAAACUAACAUGCCAAUAUUUCGAAAGCGUAGUUUCAGUGUGGUCCGACGCUUUAGUGACUUUCUUGGUCUUCACGACAAACUGACGGAGAAGUAUCUGAGAAAUGGUAGAAUUAUCCCACCAGCACCGGAGAAAAGCGUUAUUGGCAUGACAAAAAUUAAAAUGUCCGGUGACAAAACCCAAGAACAUAAUUCAAGUUCGACUGAAUUCAUUGAGAGGCGCAGAGCAGCUUUGGAGAGAUAUGUAAAUAGAACAGCUGCACAUGAUGUUCUUCGUGUUGAUCCGGAUUUCAGAGAGUUCUUGGAAGCUGAUAUGGAAUUACCCAAGGCCACAAGUACAUCGGCACUUAGUGGUGCUGGAGUUAUGAGACUUUUCAAUAAAGUUGGAGAAACUGUCAAUAAAAUCACUUACAAAAUGGAUGAAAAUGAUUCGGAGGGUAAGUGGUUUGAAGAAAAAACAACUCAAAUAGAUUCUCUGGAUAUACAACUCCGCUCAUUACAUGCAGCUGUUGAAAGUUUGACCAACGAAAGAAGAGAAUUGGCUAAUUGUACAGGCGCUACAGCAAGGUCCAUUGCUGUACUUGGUCAUGGGGAGCCAGGCGCUUCCCUUGGCAGAGCUUUGGCGCAAUUAGCUGAAACAUUGGAAAAAGUCGAGGUAGUCAGGAGGGCUCAGAGCAACAGCGAUUUAUAUCAAUUUGGAGAAAUGCUGAGGGAUUAUGUCGCGUUGAUUGGCGCAAUUAAAGGCGUUUUUCACGAGCGUGUGAAAGUGUUUCAAAAUUGGCAACACGCUCAGCUUAUGCUGAAUAAGAAACGAGAACAAAAAGCAAAGCUAGAACAAUCCGGGCGUAGCGAAAAGUCGAAUCAAGCUGCAACUGAAGUAAUUGAAUGGGAAUCAAAGGUUGACAGAGGUCAAGAGGAGUUCGAUAAUAUUUCACGAAUGAUAAAGAAGGAAGUUGAGAGAUUUGAAUUAGUUAGAGUGGAGGAUUUCAAAAAGCAAUUGACUGAGUAUCUCGAAGCAAUGCUGCAACAUCAAAAUCAGCUAAUUAAACAUUGGGAAAGUUUCCUUCCUGAGGCUCGUGCAGUCGCAUGAACAUUCCACGAGUAUAUAAAACUACGAAGUAUAUCUAUGUAUAUAUACAUGUACAACUACAUUUAUGUGUACAUAGAUAAAAUUUACAUAUAAUGUGUAAUGAUAACAAAAUUAUCUUUUUUAAGCAUUAGAUAAUAAUUCAUAUCUGAAACUGUACUAGCAAGGAUACAAGUUGAGUCUCUUCAACGUUUUGCCUGAUUUUCCACGACGAAAGUUGAGAUGCAAAAUUUCGAGCACAGGUACCAUCUGUUUUAUUUAAAAAAUUUAAAAAAAUCAUGUUACUAUUUAGUUUUUAAGGCUCUUCAAGAUUUAGUAUACAUGCAUAAUCUUAUAUUCGAAAAACAGUCAACAGAAAACAACUUUUCCAAUUAAUUGGAAAAAAAAAAUCAGUCGCACAGUCGUUAAAAUGAUCGCUCGAAGCGAAUCGCUCGCUGUUAAACAAUAUUUAUAGAAAUAUAUACAUUAUAUAUAUAUAUAUACAUACAUACAUCAAAAUCGUACUCCUUUUUUUCAGGCACGUAUUCUAUACACAUAUUAUUUGUUAGAGAAUGUUAUUCGACAAUAAAAUUGAAGUUAUACAAAA